AUGACUGGUUUUCUUAUUCCUCCGUGGUACAAGGAUGAGGUCCCGGGAACGGCCGAGAUGAACAUCGCCAGCAUCAUUUUCGGCUUCAGCUUGGGUUCAGCCAUUUUCACCGCCUCCAAGGCCGCGACACAGUCCUUUGCUGCAUACAAGAGGGGGAGGCUUUUCAGCGCGUACAUUGUCAUGUGUUGGCUUGAAUGGAUUGGAUGCAACUGCAUGGGCAUUGUCACCUAUAUUUGGCUCAAAGGAAUCAUCGAGCCAAGCUUCUGGGUCUUUUUCUCCAUCAUUGUCUUCUGGAGCAUGCAGAUUCAGUUCAUCUUGCAGAUCAUCAUCAACCGGAUAUCGCUCUUAUUGAUCAACAAAACAAGAAUUAACAGAAUCAAAUGGGGAGUCGCCUUGAUCGCGAGCCUCAUCAACCUGAGCGGCUUCUGCAUCUGGAUACCGGCCCGGCUACAGGUUUCCAAACUAUACGACGACAUUAACGUCGUCUGGGACCGAACCGAAAAGGGAGUUUUCUUGGUUGUCGAUCUUGGUCUCAACCUCUACUUCAUCUACCUUGUCCGCUCGAGACUGAUUGCCUACGGCUUGACAAAGUACAACAGACUCUUCCACUUCAACGUCGUCAUGGUUUUCAUCUCCGUGACGCUGGACUGCGUCUUGAUGGGAGCCACGUUCCUACCGAGUCAUGUUGUCUACGUCCAAUUCCACCAACUCACCUACCUCCUCAAGCUGUACAUCGAGAUGAAUGUGGCCGCACUCUUGGGACACAUUGUCAAGGGUUCAAGGGGCCAAGAGGCCUCGAGCGGAGCCCAAUACGGACACAAGACUCAUGAUGAACAGACAAACGUGAGGAUGACUACUCUGAUCACGGCCAGCCGCACAGGGCACGUCCGUCUCGAUGACGAUUCAGUCGAAGGAGCCUAUCCGAAUGGUCCUCAGUGGGGUGGUAUACACAAGCAGGUCAAGACGGAGAUUGUCUUUGCGAACUCUGAGGAUCAUGAACCGAGCGAAGCCAACUCUGAGACAAAGGUGCUACACUAG